AUGCUGGCUCCUUGGUAUGCCGUGGUCAUAGGCUGCGUCGUUCUGCUCGUGAGUUUUGUCGUUGCCGUACUUUGUCUCAGAUGGGCCGUGUGUAAGGAGCCUUUCCGAUUUUUCAGAAGAAACGAGAGUAGACCCGCGAAGCAAUUGCCGAAAUCGAUCCUGUCUGCCUUGACGCAGCUGGAAGGGGUCACUGAGAAGAGGGACCGAAGAAAUUCGCAGACCGAGGCGGAGGACGCCGAAUGUCCCAUCUGUCUCGCUUCUCUCUAUGGGAGUCCAGCAGGAGCGUCGGCGCCGACAGGGGCUGGGGUAGACCUCGAAGCUGGGAUUGACAUAUCGAGAACGACAACAACCAAGACGAUGUCGACAUCCACAGCGUCCACGUCCACUACGACAACGGCGAAGGAAGAGCGAUGUUCCCUGCAGCCCGUCAACGAUGAAGUACUGAAGAUGAAGCGCUGCAGACACCUGUACCACGCCAAAUGUCUAGCGACAUGGUUCAUGAGGAAGAAGUACAACUGCCCGGUCUGCAGGACUCCAUACUAUCAGCCCGUGCAACGGGUUCAGCCCGUUCAAGAGCUGGAGGGGAAUGUCGACUAUGGCCGUGGUCAUGCUCUGCCGGUUGCCAUGUUCUGGUAA